CGGUGGGCAGUGCCCGUGGGCCGCCGCCGCGGGAGUGGGACGGGGAUCCGCGGCAUCCCGGCUCCCGCAGCCAUGGCCGAGCCCCUGCGCCGCCGGCUCCCGCUGCUCCCGCUGCUCCUGCUGGCGGCCGGGGGGCUGCGAGCGGCGGAGCGGAGCGGCGCUAGCAGCAGCGCCAUGGAGGAGCUCGCCACCGAGAAGGAGGCGGAGGAGAGCCACCGGCAGGACAGCGUGAGCCUGCUCACCUUCAUCCUGCUCCUCACCCUCACCAUCCUCACCAUCUGGCUCUUCAAGCACCGGCGCGUCCGCUUCCUCCACGAGACCGGCCUGGCCAUGAUCUACGGACUCAUAGUUGGGGUGAUCUUGAGAUACGGGACUCCCUCCACCAGUGGCCAUGACAAACCAUUCAGCUGCUCACAGGAGGACAGGCCCUUCACCACCCUGCUGGUCAACGUCAGUGGCAAGUUCUUUGAGUAUACCCUCAAAGGGGAAAUAAGCCCUGGCAAGAUACACAACGUGGAGCAAAAUGACAUGUUGAGAAAGGUAACAUUUGAUCCAGAAGUUUUUUUCAACAUUCUAUUGCCUCCUAUUAUUUUUCAUGCUGGUUAUAGCCUGAAGAAAAGGCACUUUUUCAGGAAUUUGGGGUCCAUUUUGGCUUACGCCUUUUUAGGAACAGCAGUAUCUUGUUUUAUUAUUGGGAAUCUCAUGUAUGGGGUUGUGAAACUAAUGAAGCUGGUGGGUCAGCUGUCUGAUAAAUUCUAUUAUACAGACUGCCUCCUCUUUGGAGCGAUAAUAUCUGCCACUGAUCCAGUUACCGUGCUAGCAAUAUUUAAUGAGCUGCAUGCUGAUGUUGAUCUCUAUGCCCUUCUGUUUGGAGAGAGCGUGUUGAAUGAUGCUGUUGCCAUUGUAUUAUCCUCAUCUAUAGUUGCCUACCAGCCAACAGGUGAAAAUACCCAUGCUUUUGAUGCUGCAGCAUUUUUCAAGUCCGUUGGUGUUUUCCUGGGAAUAUUCAGUGGUUCUUUCAUGAUGGGAGCAGUGACAGGGGUUGUGACAGCUCUGGUGACAAAGUUUACCAAGUUGCACUGCUUCCCCCUGCUGGAAACAGCUCUCUUCUUCUUGAUGUCCUGGAGCACUUUCCUGCUUGCAGAAGCUUGUGGAUUUACUGGUGUGGUGGCUGUUCUCUUCUGUGGAAUUACCCAGGCACAUUAUACAUACAAUAACUUGUCUGUUGAAUCAAGAAGUCGCACUAAGCAGCUCUUUGAGGUGUUGCACUUCCUGGCUGAGAACUUCAUAUUUUCUUAUAUGGGCUUGGCACUGUUUACUUUCCAGAAGCACAUAUUCAGCCCAGUUUUUAUUAUUGGAGCUUUUGUUGCAAUCUUUUUGGGCAGAGCUGCACAUAUCUACCCCCUCUCCUUCUUGCUGAAUUUGGGCAGAAGGCAUAAGAUCAGCUGGAGUUUUCAGCAUAUGAUGAUGUUUUCAGGUCUCAGGGGAGCCAUGGCAUUUGCUCUGGCUAUACGAGAUACUGCUACCUACUCCCACCAAAUGAUGUUCUCAACAACUCUACUCAUCGUGUUUUUCACUGUGUGGAUUGUUGGUGGAGGUACAACCCCCAUGCUGUCAUGGCUGAACAUCAGAGUUGGUGACCAUGUUCCAUCGGUGGAAGAGAUGUGUGAAAGCCACUGGCUGUAUUUCAGGGUUGGGGUUGACCCAGAUCAGGAUCCUCCACCUACUAAUGACAGCUUUCAAGUCUUACAAGGAGAUGGCCAAGAUUCUGCACGAAGGAACAGGACGAAGCAGGAAAGCGCUUGGCUCUUCAGGCUGUGGUAUAGCUUUGACCAUAAUUAUUUAAAACCAAUUCUCACUCACAGUGGCCCUCCACUGACCACAACGCUGCCCAGCUGGUGUGGCCUGAUAGCUCGCUGUCUGACAAGUCCCCAGGUUUAUGAUAAUCAGGAACAGCUUCGAGAGGAGGAUUCUGAUUUUAUUCUGAAUGAUGGUGACCUUACCGUGACAUAUGGUGAUACAACAAUAACUGCAAACGGUUCUUCUGGGCCCCACACAGCUACCACUAACCUUGACAGUAGGAGAACAAAAAGUAGCUCAGAGGAAGCGCUGGAACGUGAUUUGGGAGCAGCUGAUCAUGAAGUUACAAGCAGGGGUACCCGGCUAGUAUUUCCUCUGGAAUACAAUGCAUGAUUACUGACUCAGUAAAAAUAACUCUUACUCUGUGAAUGGAUCAAGGAAGACUGCAGGCCACUGUGUCACUUGAGGUGGGAGUGUUUAUUUAAACAAGUUAACAUGCAUAAGUGGUUUUACUAGGGUCUGAAGAUAUCACUUUUUUUUACUCAAGAUGCUGACAGUGGGGUUUUCUAUACGUCUGAAAAUAGGCAAAUGAGAAAACUGGUUAUUCUCCUCUUUCCAACUGCUUAUCAAAUUCAAGUAUAACUAGCAUGCUGCAAUUGUCUUGUUCAGCUGCAGCAGCUCUCUCUCUGAAGAGAGGUACAUGAAAAUGUCAUAGAACUGAGCUUGUCUUGGCUUAGCUUGAGAAUGUGAAAGGACAACUAUAAACUUGACAACAAUUAAGAGACAAAAAAGAUUGUGUGUGUAUCUGAAUGUGGAGAGAUCCAUUGUUAACUUCUCUUGUGAGGCUGAGAUGGGUAAUGGGUCAGUAAACAUUAGGAUUACAGAUGUGUGAAUGAAAGACUGGGGAAUCUGUUACUGCAAAAUGUAUUUAAUCUAUUUCAGGGGAAAAAAGGGGGGGGGAAAUAAGAUUUCUUCACUGUCCAGCUGUUUAAAUAGGAAAGCAAUGAGAGCUACUUGUCCCUUUAGCUUUUAGCAACUUGACUAUUACUCUUAGCCUAACUUCUAGUGCCUCAAAAGAAAGACAUCCAGCUUCCUGUUGUCCAAGAUUUACCUGAAGCCGACAUGAGCCUGGAGUCAGGCUCUCUCUCAGGUAGCAGUCACGAAGGAAAACUUUCUUUCAUAUGAAGAUAGUUGGAAACUUGGCCUGGGGAAAACAGCAGAUAGGAGGAGGUGAGAAAAAAAGAGAGGCAGUAUUGAACUUGCAUGGAACCAGGAGGUUUCAUAUUGCUCAGAAGAAUCCAUGGACUCUGCUUACAGUUCUUGCGUGUGAUAAACAGCAAACAUCUAAUUAAACAGACAAACAAUUACGACUGUUUUUACCAUUUGUGACUAUCCUGAAAGAAAGCUGUUUACCCUUCUUCUCUUUUGCAGAGUAGAUGUGAAACUUGAGUGGGGCAUUGCACAACAGCAUAUAAGCUACAGAAGUGAUGAACUGUAGUAUCAUCUUAAAUGUGAAAAGGGAAAAAUCUCUGACUAGUAUUUAGCCCACUUACAUGUAGGCUAGCUUUAACUUAUUGCUAAAUGCUUUUUAAUUUCCAGAUGAGGAGAUAAUCAUUGUCUUUGCCAAUAGCUGAAAAUGUAUGCUUUGAAAAGCCUUUCAGCUGUUUAAAGCAUGCUACAAUGUGAUUUCAUUCUCAUGUCUCAAAAGAUUUAUUUUUCUAAAGAGUAUGUGGCCCAUUAACGUGAUGUAAUAUCAAUUUGUCCAAAAAACUGUGUUUUUCUUGCUGCCAUUUCUGUUGUUCCUCUCAUAAAACUGUGUGUGAGUAAAUACCCACUCUGUUUUUCCUUAACUAUUAAACUUAUUGGGCUAACCUCAGUACAUGAACUUCCUGCUGCAGAGAAACUUUGUAGUUGUGUUGUCUAGUCUGCUUUCUUUCAAAUGUGUUCUCUUAUGAAUGAUCUACCUCCCUGUCUGUCCCUCCAAGGUAAAUUUAUAAUGGAUAUUGAUCUGUAAUGACUGUCUCACGCUAGUAAGAAAAGAGACGAGGAAACCAGGAGUCUUUCUGUGGAAAAAUUGUAAGACCAAUAUAGAAUCACAGAAUAGUCCCAGUUGGAAGGGACACUCAAGGAUCAUUGAAGCUCUUGUCCCUGCAUAACACCAUCCCCAAGGGUCACACCGUGUGCCUGAGAGCAUUGUCCAAAUGCUUCUUAAAUUAUGUCAGGCUUGGUGCUGACCACUGCCCUGGGAAGCUGUUCCAGUACCCAGCCACCUUCUGGCUGAAGAGUCUUUUUCCAAUAUCCAACCUAAAUCUCCCCUGACAGAGCUUCAGGCCAUUCCCUGGGCCCUGUCACUGGUCACCACAGAGAGAUCAGUGCCUACCUGUCCUCUUCCCCUCAAGAGAAAGCUGUAGACUGCAGUGAGGGAGCUUUGUUCUCAAAUGGUGCAGAGUAACAAACCCUGGUGAAGAUCACUGAGCAGAACAACUCCUUUUCAGGCCUCCGUGUUUUGCAAAAAAAAAAAAAAAAAAAAGAGCCAAUUCCCUUCACUUCCCUGGGAGCACAGGCAGUUUAUCAAUUGAAGCUGAGGAGCCAUGAGCAGAUCCUGUGACUGCCAAGAGCACUGCUACUAACGGGCUCAACACUGGAAUUUUCAGGGUGCUUUCCAUGGGAGGUGUUCCAAGCGCUGCCGACACUGGCUCCAGGAGCAGCUCUGAUCCUCUAUCUCCACUUAUCAGAAAGAAGGAACACUAUGACAAGUGUGUUUACACUCUGUGUUACAUGUCUACUAUGCAAUGUAAACUGGCUUUUCUGAUAAGCUGCCUGAACAAGAGUGAAGUAUCACAUACUUGGUACUUGACCAAGUCUAGUUCUAUUCCAAGGAUGCAUGUUUUCUGGCCCAUGAAAAGAAAAAAAAAAAAAUACUUUUACAAUGAAGGAAUUGCCUUUGGGGAAAGGACUGUAGGAAUUUUAACUGGAGGAUAGAAAAAAAUUCUUUGGCUGAACUUCCAAAGAGCUGAAGCAAGUAAAUAGCAAAGGUUAAAAUUAUGUCUACAAUUAAUGAAAUGAAUAUGUUUUACUCCUGGGCGGGGGCGGGGAAGGGAAAGCUCUCACAGUAGGAUUUCUAGCAACCUUAACAGAUACUGUGAGGUGCUCACGCCACUUAGGAGACCAGAUUCUGUGAUUUUAAUCUUUAUAAUAAGAUUGGCAUGGUCCUUCAUGUAUAAUAUCAAUUUAGCUCUAAUUGCAGUCUCUCUUUAGACAGUAUUGGUCAGCAGAAUGUCUUUUAGUCUUAUUCUGGACAGUAAAACCCUAAGAACUAAUAUGCUUCACAUGCCUUUCAACGAAAGGUUCAGUGUUUCUUUUAACUCUGAAGCAGCUCCCUGGAAUAACAUGCUUGACCUCAGCCUUGGCAGACAUGGUGUCUGCUUCUGCACAAGUGUGGGAAUGGAAUUUGGAUACUCUUAAGCCUAAACUUCAUAAGAUUUUCUUUAACAUUUGGGGGAGGACCUUUUUGGGGGAGAAACGAGAGAAGUUGUAGAUGCAUCAGCAGGGAGUAUUCCUCUCCAAAAUUACUGAACUCAUGACCUACUGAAACUUUAGAAGAAAGGGAAGACAACCCAUGACUGGGA